GGAAAUAUUUCAGCAAAGGUUUUGAGAACAGUUUUCACUUUUUGAACGUGCCAUUAAGUGUCGAUGGAGGAUACUAUAAAUUCAUCAUGAUUCUUUCCGAUUGGGAUCAGUCGCGCUAAGAGAGUAAAAUAGUCAAAAUGGCUCUAGUGGUACAGCGGGUGUUUGAUGAGUACCAUCAGUACAUGAAAGAACACCGAGACACCAGGAGCGCGAGUUUACCUCUAACCAACGAGCCAUGGCCGGUGAUGAUUCUGAUUGCGACCUACCUGUUCGUUGUCCUCAAGGCUGGUCCAGAGUACAUGGCAAAUCGCAAACCGUUCGAUCUCAAAAAUGUGAUUCGAGUGUACAACGUCUUGCAAGUGAUCGCCAAUGGAGCGUUCUUCGUAACGAUAAUGUACCUGUUGCUGCAGCGACAAAACUUCUCCUUGGUUUGUCAACCCGUAGAUUACAGCACCACCAGGGAAGGUUUUCAGGAGCUGUACCUAUCCUAUGGCUAUUUUCUGCUCAAGGUUCUGGAUCUUGCCGAUACAGUAUUUUUUGUGCUUCGAAAAAAGCAAUCUCACGUGUCUUUCCUGCACGUGUACCACCACGCCGUAAUGGUUCUGAUGACGUAUUUAGCUGUAGUGUUUGUUCCUGGGGGUCAUGUGUUCAUGCUGGGCGUGUGGAAUUCGUUGGUUCACGCCGUCAUGUAUUUUUACUACUUUUUGGCAUCCUACCAGAGCCAGGACACCAUCUGGUGGAAAAAAUAUCUGACCCGGCUGCAGCUGGUUCAGUUCGUCCAUCUGGGCUUUCACUUUGGCAGGCCUGCCCUUUCCGGAAUGGACUGUGGCUUUCCGAGGAUUUGGCACUGGGUUGGCUUCGGACAAGCCAUCUUCAUUUGCAGCAUGUUUUUGGACUUUUACGUGAAAGCUUACGUGGCGAAGAACCGCAAGGGGAGCUCAAAAAGCACGAAAAUGAGGUAGGGGGUCAUGCUAAAGCCAGUAAACUAAUUGUAGAGCGCAAGUUUUAAUGUGUAUGUAAAUAAAAGGAACGUAACUGUAA